AUGGGAUCGCCGACACCUAAUUUUGAUCUUUUCGAUGUUUAUUUUCGACGUGCCAAUUUGGAUCGAGAUGGCCGCAUCAGCGGUGCCAAGGCCGUCUCCUUCUUCCAAAGCUCCGGUUUGCCCAAGAACGUUCUUGCACAGAUAUGGGCAUUUGCAAACCAAAAUCAGAGUGGUUUCCUUGGUCGCGCAGAGUUCUACAAUGCACUCAAACUUCUCACCGUUGCACAGAGCAAGCAGGAACUCACUCCUGAAAUGUAUUUCGAAGCUGCAUUGUAUGGCCCAGCCGUAUCUAAGACUCCUGCUCCUCAAAUCAAUUUUAGUGCCACAGCUACACCUACACCGGCACAAAAGUCAUUAUAUCAGUAUAGAAAGAUGAAUUCCAUGUGA